ACCACACAAUUAUAACACAACCAGAAGAGUUAUUACUACUACUACUGCUACUCUCUAAUCUCCGAUCAAACUACGUCGUCGCUUCUCAUUCUCUCUAAUGGGUAAUUGCUGCUUCAGCCCCGGCACCACUGAUCGUGAAAACGAGAACGUUUCCGACAAGAACACGACCAUUGUCGAAGAAGAGACAGUAGUUAAAGAAGUCUUGUCUGAGACAACUUUGCUCACUACUUCUACUAAUAUGCACACUUCGACGAUCAAAGAUCCGGUGAAGACCAAGAUCCGAGAAGAUGAGGAGAAGAUAAAACAAGGCUUCUUGAAAAUGGUUUCAGACCCGGUUACGAUCCGACCCGGUUCGACUGAUCAUGAAGAAGGCUCGGAGGUUUCGGAGGUUUGUAGCUUGAGUUUGAGUGAGAGUGUGUCUUCGACGGUUGUGAUUAAUAGCUACGAUGAGGAAGACGUGAUGAUGAAACAGAGGAAGACUCAGAGAUCUCCGGCGAAGACUCGGACCCGGGUCACGGGUAAUAAUAAUUACCCGACCCGGAGGACUGAUCAGUCUCCACGUAAGAGAAACAACAGUACGUGUAACGGAGCGAGAUACGGGUCGGGUGUGAGAGACCCGGGUGAGAGAUCCGGGAGAAGGUCGAGAUCGCCGGCGACGAACAGAUCGGUGAUGGAUCCGAAUCAGAAUAGUCGGGUGGGUGGGGCGAGGACUAGGAAGAAUAAUCAGUCCCCGGGUCGGGUUAGGCAAGAUCCGAAUAAAAACGGGUUGGAUCAAGAGCAGCAUGAGAAUUACGGUUAUACCACUGAGGAAUUGUUAGAGAACCCUCUAGUUUCGUUAGAGUGUUUCAUAUUUCUCUGAAGAAAAAUAAAACGAAUAUUCCGGGGAUUUUUUUUUUUUUUUCACAUUUUGACGUUUGAUUUUGUAAAAUUCGUAAAAGCUACUAAAUUACGUUACCUCCGUAAUUCAUUUGUGUGUUCUUCUUUUUGUGGUAAUUAAAAUUUUGUAAUU